UGACGUGUUCGCGAUAAGGUGCUCGCUUGUUUAGAUCGAGUCAUAAAAAUCAAAACAACGUUAUCAAGUCAUAAAAAGUUUAAUAAACAAAUAAUCAAGUGACAAUUGUUUACAUCAAGUGUUAUCUUAGUGCAUAGUGGCGUAUUACUAGGAUAUCUUUGCAAAAGUGAUCAGUGAAUAUAUCAUUACUAUCAUUUUUUGUGGGUGUAUACCGAAAACGAAAGUUGUUCUAACAGUUUGUGUACCCUGCAUGCGCAAUUAGUAAAAUAAUCACAAAUAGUUGUCAGUGCCAUCUGGGUUUCGUCAGAAAACGCAAUUACAGUGCCGUCUAGCGCAAUACACUUAUUAAGUGUAGCUGGGUCUGUCUGUUUGCCGUGCGCGCAUAUCAUAAAAAUUGUACCUACGCAAUGACUAAAUGCGGAGGCUGCAGCAAACACAUCCCGCGGGGCGAUGUGACUAAAUGCGCGAAAUGCUCCAAAUGCGCUACUGUCUAUCACCCGUACUGCCUAAAGGGGGGUGAUCAAGAUGCGCGCCCUGACACCUGGCUGUGCCCUGCGUGCGCCCCGGCGCCGGCAGCCGCGGAGACCAUCCCCGCCUCCCCUCUCACACGGGCAGUGGCGAGCAGCCCGGAGGUGCCCGAGCUGGUCGUGGCUGAGGACCGGCUCAACUCCACGGCGAACGACACCACCGAGGAGUUCAAGGUGGAACUCGGGCUCGAGAUGCGGCUCUUCCGCCAGGAGCUGACAGCGGUCCGACAGGAGAUCCAGAUGUUCCGCAGUGAAAUGAUGGAGAUGAAAAACUCCUUCACUGCAACAGAUCAGCGUCUCAACACACUGGACUCGCGAGUGGACUUGCUGGAGCAGCGGCUUACGGAGGGGACGGGCUCGCGGCUCGAGGCAGUCAUAGCAGAAUUGCGACUGGAGCUCAAUGAGAAAGACCAGGAGCUGCUUGAGAACGACGUGGAGGUGACAAAUCUUCCGGAGGAGAACGGAGAAAACCCCAUGCACCUGAUACUAUCAGUGGCAUCAAAGCUCGGGGUUAACCUGCACGAGUCAGACGUGGUGAGCGCGGAGCGUGUUGGUGCGAGGAACAGGUGGAGCCGGGCGCCGGGCGACAGCGGGGAGGGCGCGGGCGCGGGGGCGGGCCGGCCGCGGCCGCUAGUGGUGCGGCUCACGCGACGCGCGGUCAAGGACGAGCUGAUGACUGCCGCGCGCGUCCGCCGCGGGGCCACUUCAGCCGACCUCGGGCAGUCCUCCGCGCCGCGUCCCAUCUAUGUUAACGAACGCCUGACGAAAACCAACCGCCAGCUAUUCUACCAGGUUCGGGAAGCUGGCCGUAGGCAGUCGUGGCGAUUUCUCUGGACCAAAAAAGGCCGCAUCUACGCACGCCAGGGCCAGGACACUCCGCGACACUGGAUACGCACUGUUCAUGACAUUGCUCGUGUGUUUGGUGUCGCUCCGACGACUGCCUCGAACGUUUAAUUACA